AUGAUUGAAUCCAACGACUACGAGCAAGAGCGGCUCAAAAACAUCAGGGAGAAUGAACGCCUGAUGAAGGAGCUAGGUGUCAUGGGCGGCUCUUCGACCAUCGGUGGCCCAUCAUCCAAACGUACUACACCCACCAAACCCAAGAAACAGGCGACACCAAAGAAGAAGCCCGACACAACACCUACCCGUAUCAUGCCCAGCCGUUCCAGCGCACGUCUAGCCGGACACGAAGCAGAUUCCGAAACCCUGAAGCGCAAGUACGAAGAAGAGGCCGAAGAAGCACGCAAGGUGGCAGAAGCAGCCAAGAGAGCACGACAUCAGCCCUUCGAUCUCUCUGGCAUGACGGGAGGCGAAUUGGAAGAAGAAGCUAUCAUGGCGCUUGAGUCGACGCUGCAAGGUCUUGCCAACAAUACAUCAUCAGCAGCCGAACUGGUGGAUACCAAGGAUGAAAACAAACGUCGUUCGGCAAACAAACCAGACCCGCAAUUUUCAACAGAAAGGAGAGAACUCGAAGACAUUCUCAACAAGAUGACACUCAAAUCUGCAGCCAAAGUUACGCCCAAACGGAUUUACUCGAUGGCCUACCAUCCAUCUACAGAUAAAGAUCUUGUCUUUGUAGGCGACAAGGAGGGAUCUAUCGGUGUGUGGGACGCUGCUCCGGUCGCAUUUGCUUCCAACCGCAACGGCGUCAAGACUGCAGAUGACCAGGACGAAGACGCGGAAGAGCGCUUUCCAGAGGGCAAAGCGUGGACGCUGCAAGUACAUGCUCGUAGCCCCGUCACGUGCAUCAAGUUUGACCCAGUCAACCACAACUCUGUCUUGUCAUCUUCUUACGAUUCGACGGUGCGCAAGCUCGAUCUUGCCACAGCCAAGUCGGAAGAAAUUUGGGCAGGCGAAGAAGACGUUUUGCUAUCGAUAUUUGAUGUGCUUUCACCUUCGACCCAUCCGAGCGUGUACAUGGAUACGCCUAACCCAUCGCUCGAUGAACGCUCCAUGUGGAUCGCUGAUCACCGCGGUGGUCUGCUCCACAUUGAUCUGCGCGAGAGAACUCGACGCGGCAACAACACGCGUCGAUGGCAGGUGUGCGAGAAGAAGAUCGGCGCCAUGUCGGUCAACCGUCUCGCUCCACACUGCAUCGCCACGGCGUCGUUGGACCAACACAUUCGGCUCUUUGAUGUGCGUGCGCUAGCCUCGGUGGUCAAGCAGACCGCCGAUGCGCCGUACAACUAUAAAGGCGUCGAUGCGGACGAUCUGGAAUCCGCGCAGACCAAAGCGCAAUUUGCUUCGAGUAAAGCUAGACAGGCAUGUACUUCGGUCGACUUUAGUCCGAGGGGUGAUCAGCUCGUUGGCGUUUCUUACGACGACGUGGUCAAGGUGUGGAGCAUGGAGCCUGGCUCGUUGUUUUCCGAGCACGGUUUGAAGAAUCGAAUUGCCACCGCUAAGAGCAACAAACCAAAGGGCGCCGUCAAGAAGCAAGUUCCCGACUCGGCCUCAGACACCGGGCCCGGCCUGCUCUCUUGGCUUUCAAGAGCAACGCCACUCGGAACGAAAAAAGACGUCGCUGAAGCCAUCAAGCAAGAACAGGACGCACCUAGCCCAUCCCUCUCGAAGCGCCCAGACGACGUUCUCGCCAACCCGACGCGCAUCCCACACAACAACCAAACAGGGAAAUGGCUCACCCUCUUCCGCGCCAAAUGGAACCAAAACGCUUUGCUCGAACCUCACUUUACCAUCGGCAGCAUGAGCCGAAGAGCCGAAGUGUACGCUGCCGACGGCACGCUCCUCAGAAGCUUGUGGGACGAGAACCUGGUCACCGCCGUCCCCGCUGUUACGUGUAUGCACCCCGUGCUGCCCGCAAGGCUGGUAACAGGAAACGCAUCGGGCAGAUGCACCUUCUGGUCUCCAGAUCCAUGA